CUGAAGGAGAAACUUCAUUGAUACAUGGGCAAAUCUAAUGUCACCGUGGCCGAACUGUAGCGAAAAAGCCAUGCUUCCGCAUUUUGUAAAUGUUUUACCUACUUGACAAAAAUUUGACAAACCUGUCAGAACAAUAUCAAUGGUGUACCGUCUUUCACUUCCACUCGUCAUACUUCCUUGUUCCUAUGUUAUUUCUAAAUCCGAUAAGAAGCGUGUAGCCUAACUGAACAGUAUUUUUUCAACAAAAAAAAAACAUGAAGGAUGGUAUCGGUGACCAAACGCCUGUAGCGCGUAAAGAGGCUUUCGACAAUUACCUAGAUUACUAUGAACAGAUAUGGAGUAAAGGUAACCUGAAACUAUGCCAAGAGAAACAGGUUACCGUGGGAGCUAGACGAUUUUUGCUGUUAGAGACAGACCCCGGAGAAAGAUUUUCUAAUUUGGAUUUUUACCUUACUGCAUUCGAAUGCGUAAAAUCCGGCUUUAAAGAUUGUCGGGCAUUCUUCAGUGCGCUCAUCAAAGCCACAGAGGUGUUGGAGAUGUUCUGUGUAAAUCUGUUUCUUUACCCAUGGAAGAAGGAGAUCAAGAUACUCAAGACUUUCACUGGCCACUUUGUCUACUGCAUCCAGCCGGUCCUGACAAAGAGUACCACGAAAAGUAUCCUUGAAACAAUAGGGUAUCAUCUGGAGACUGAGACAGAGUACCGACUCACAGACAAUGCAGACCCUGAAACAGCCAUGAAAAUGGGUUUUGAGCUUUUCCUGGCCCGAACAGAGUGCGAGUACCUGUUGGAGCUCAUGGGUCAGCGGUCACAGCCUGACUGUCUGGAGAUUCUACAGAGGAGAGCUGCACCACUACAUAACACCCAGGCUGCCGAGGAGACAGCAAAGGACUCGGAAACAGAGCCCUCACAAAUGCAAAAACAAGAGGAGAAUGAAGAUAGACCCUUAUCUAAUGGUUGUUCCCUGGUAGACCCAGGACCGGUGGAGACAGAUGAGGGAGACUUAACCGAGGAGAACCGUGUCACUGCUAGCACACCAGGCAGGCAACAGGAUGAUGGACAGAUAACCCUCAACCUGGAGGUCCAGCCCAUUGAGACGACACACUCUCCAGGAAUCAGACCACCCAGGGCAUUCUUGAACGAUGACCGGUCUAUCCUGGAGAUGCAGCAGAAUUACCCAGACCUUGCCAUAAGGCAGAAGCCAAUAUUCAGUAAGCCACUGGGUGGACCUCCUGUAGUGCGGAGGAGACUUAUCAAAGAGAACACACCUGAGGAAGGUAGCAGUCCAGCCAAUUUAGCUGGCAGUGAUGUAAGUGGUCUCCAGUUAAUCUCCUUUCACGCCACAGCAGCACCAAAACCCCAUCUCACAGAAGCAGUCCCAAAACUCCAGCCUCCAGAAGAUAAGGCCUACGAGACUACUGCCACGCUCCAUGGACCAACUCCUCCACAGGUAGAAGUGACCAGAGAGGGUCAGGAGGCAGAUGAUGCAGACGAGCUGAGCAAGCUGGCUGAGAGGAUUGGCCAAUUGCAUGUCCAUGAGCAUAAGGUGGAGGAGCACAAGGUGGAGAACCUGAAAUACCCUGUAGAAGAGACAGCACUGCCGCAUGCCAGUUGCCAUGAUGGGUCCCCUCACCAGGAUUCUGCAGGGUACCAGAGCCUGCCUCUAAUGUGCCUUUCCUCUCUGGUGCCGGUCUGUAACAUCCCAGGCUGUAGCAGCUGUGAAGUAGCAGACAGUCCCCACAAACACGUUCCUGGUAGGGACACCAUCAAAGAGCCACCUCACACCAUCUAUGUCCCAACCAGCCACCUGGACCCCCCAGUGCUAGACCCUACUGCUGCUGACCACCAGCCCUCCGCAGGCCCUCAGCACCAGGACAUGGAGGGCCCCAUCAUUCAGCCCUCAGAGGACGAGCUGCUUCAGACAUAUGUCAUGGUGGACGAGCCUUAGAGGAAGUAAGGUCAUGAUUGAAUGCUGGUGCUCCUGGACCGUCAGAACACACAGAGAGAAAUUGAUUGACAUGCCUGUUCAGGUCUAUAACAUCACUUGCCACUAAGUUGUUUUGGUCUGGGGCGAUUCAAUCAGUGGAGGCUGCUGAUGGGAGAACGGCUCAUAAUAAUGGCUUGGAACGGAGCAAAUGAAAUAGCAUCAAACCAUGUUUGAUGUAUUUGAUGUCAUUCCACCCCUUUCUGCCUCAGCCAUUACCACGAGCAGGUCCUUCCCAAUUAAGUUGCAACCAACCUCCUGUGGAUUCAAUGUACGAAGGUGAUGAAAAUAAUUACUUAAUUUAAUUCCUCUUCAGUAUUUUCUGGUCUUUGCUUUGUACCCUUUCUUAGGAGACUUAAUACAAUGUCAAUUAUGCUUGACCUAAUUUACGAGGUGGAGGUAAUGUUUCCACUGUGUCCUCUUAGUGACAGUGCCUUAGUGAAAUUAAUUCUAUGCCAAUCCUGCACUUACAUUCCUUGCUCAUUGUCAUUGGGACUACUGAAUGCUUUGUAAUGUUUAUGGAAAUAUAAGUCCAAUUCUAUUCCGAAUGUUUUUUAAACUAAAAUAAAAAUGUGGAAGACUU